AUGGUACGUAAUUUUGAUGAGGAACAUAUCAGGCAUAUAAUUGAAUACUCAAGACACGUAGCCGUAUCACUCGACGAUAUUGAGCAAUUUUCCAAGGAAGAUUCCGAAAUUGCUAAGGUAAGACAAGGUUUAUACUCGUGUACCUGGGACCAUACCAUAUCAAAUUAUAAAGUAUUUCAAUCAGAGCUUUUCUUCCAAAAUAAUAUUUUAUUUCGAGGUAACAAAAUUGUUAUUCCUGAAAAAUUAAGACAGCAAGUAUUGCAAGCCGCUCACGAGGAUCAUCCUGGUAUUGUUUGUAUGAAACAAAGAUUACGGACGAAAGUAUGGUGGCCUAAAAUUGACAAAGAUGCAGAGAUAUUCGUAAGAAACUGUAAAAGUUGCACAUUAGUAUCUGCACCAAACCCACCUAAUCCAAUGAAACGCCGUGAACUACCGGUCGAACCAUGGAUUGAUGUAGCUAUUGAUCUAAUGGGACCUCUACCCUCUGGAGAUUUUUUGUUAGUUAUCAUUGAUUAUUACAGUCGUUACAAGGAAGUAAAAGUAACAAAAAGUGUAACAUCAAAUGAUAUUAUCAGGUUAUUAAAGGAGAUAUUUUCACGGCUUGGUUAUCCAGUUACCAUCACUGCAGAUAACGGCAGGCAAUUUAUUAGUCAAGAGUUUCGUAAUUACCUGCAAGAAUGUGGUAUAAUUCUUCACAACACAAUACCAUAUUGGCCCCAACAGAAUGGAGAAGUGGAAAGGCAAAACCGAAGUAUUCUAAAACGCUUAAAAAUCAGUCAAGUGGAAAGAAAGAAUUGGAAAGAAGAUUUAUUUUACUAUCUGAUGAUGUACAAUAGCACACCCCACUCAGUGACUGGUAAAACUCCAUCUGAACUAUUUUACAAACGACAAUUUCGGGAUAAAAUUCCAUCAUACAUAGAUAUUGAAAAUAAACAAGAAGAUUCAGAAGUUAGGGACAAAGACGCAUUGCAAAAGAAGCAGGGAAAAAUUACAGUGACCGCAAGCGAAAGGCCAAAGAUCACAGCAUAA